AACACAACGUUGUAACAACGAAAUGAACGUUUGUAGUCUCUUCAUGCUAUACACAGGUAAUUAAAUGUAUCUUAGAAUAUGGUAACGUAAAAUAUAUCAAAUUAAACAAUAUAUACGGUUAUACACCCAGGAAACAAUUCUGUAGUGCAUUUUCUUUUUAAUUUGAGUAAGAAGCUAGUGAUAAUGAUAAUGUGGUUUUCAUAUUCACAUGAAAAGUCUAAGCUGGACCAGCAUGGCACCUAGGCUCUUUCCUCUCCUGGGGCCAUCACCCACCAUGGUCAAGGCUAUGGGUCAAGGUCAAGGUCCGUUAACCCAAACCGGAUGUCAUUUCUGUCAUAGGUAAUAAUCAUAGACUGUAUGGUAAUAACAGAGAAUAAAGCUGCAAAGAAAGAAACUAAUGAAAAACUAAAAUGUUGCGGAGUUUGAAGGAGCUAAUUAUCAGCUGCAGCAUCUACAUGAACAUCUCCUGAUCCAGUCAUUUGAACAAAUCACUCAACUCAUCAGCCGGAAAGAAACAGAUUAAAUAAGCAUGUUAAACUCGCUAGUUACUAUCAUCUUACUUACCACCUGCUUUAAAGUUUGACAUUUUGACAGCAGUUACCUAGCAAUGCUAGCUAUAGUGUGAAACUUUAAAGUUUACCCAAAAAUUUAAACAAAUUAUUUUAGCCACAAUAAAGGAAGUAAACUCCUUGACGUCACCAUUUUUCGAAGAUUAACGUUAGCUAAUGUUUAGUUAGCUAAACUGAUGUCAAAAUGUCAAAUUCAGUUGCCGGUGAAAAUGGAACACAGGAAAAGCCUGGGUUUUCAUUAACCAAGGCAGUGGAGGAUGUCAGUCAUCUGGGCUAUGCCCAGACUGAGGGUCUGAAAGAGAAACAGAAGACUCUCAGCUCCCUGCAGGCAACUCUUUCAGAUGUGGAGAAGGAAGGCGAGAUGGUAGCUCAGGUGCUGAGAUCUAACGUGAGGGAAGUCCUAAUACUGGAGGGCAAGAUGGAACACCUGGAGCGGCAGAUAAAUGUCCUGAGUGAUCGCUGGGCAUCCAUCAGCAAGGAAAGGACAGAAAUCCAGAUUGGUAUAAUUGAGGAGGAGGAGAACGCUCGCAUAUCACUGGCAAGGUUCAACACUUACCGAAACAAGAUGGAGAGUCACAGAGCAGCUGUUUUGCUUGCAUCAAGCCAGACGAAGGCCCAUAAAGAGCUGGAGGAGAAGAGAGCGCUGGUCAAGAUGCUGACACAGAAGAAAGAGGAGCUUAAGAAAGAUUUGGUGAAUACAAAUGGAAACACAGUGCAGUUGGCAAAGAGAGAGAUUGAUGCUCUGAAGGGAGAGAUCUCUGUGAUGGAGAAGACGACAGCUGAGAGGAGAGAGCAAUUGCAAAAAGAGUUUGAGACUCAUACUCAGAUGAAGAAAGACAUUGAGAUCCAGAACAGGCGCUACGAAGCCAUCGUCAAGCGCCUCCACUGCCAGCUGAGCAGGGCCCAGGCUUUCCGCCGGCAAAUAUCUGAAGAUAUCUACCACAUGGAGAGACAGCUUGCCGAGCUCAAGGGGCAGCUGGAGUCUUCACAGGACUCAGCGUGUUAAACAAGCAAACUGGCUGUGUCGUGAAGGAGUUUAUUGAACAUUUCUAGGUGUCAGAGAGAGCUGUGCCCUUUUCUUGGAAUCAGCUGUACACGGAAACCAGGUAAAGGUGUUCAAAGCUAUUUUAGGGUGUGGUUGGGCAUUGGUCUGAGGAAUUUAUUGAUUUGCACAGGCAUGAAAUGUCCCAGAGAUGAGUGUGACUUUGCUUUGGGAAUGUGGGAUGAGAGGACUGAAGAGCAUGGCGUGACUAAAAGGUAUCGCUCAACUCCAGGAAUCAGCCCAGGCCAGAAAUAGAUGUAAUAAAGGAAACCUUUAACCCACAUACAACGGAGCUCCACCCUGCUACGUACCUGAGCAACGCAAACAAACACACCUCUACACACACUUUAAUGUCCGGACUUUAAAAUAAAAUGCAUGUUAAGACACAUUCUGUAACCCUUUGUCCUAAAACCAGCUUACAUCAUAUAAUACAUGUGGGCGCCAUGCUGUUUGCUUAUAGAAGCAUGACCACUUGCCUGCACACUCACAGGCAUUUUGACAUAUAGUGAUAUAUUUAGACUGAAAGGACUCAUGAAUCCACUUGCACACACAACAAUGUAUAGACAGUAUACUAUAGUAUGUGAUAAAUAUGGCCUCCCUGCCAAAUCUGGAGGCGUGCUCAUCAGUGCUUCACACCCACCCACCCAGCAAUGAGUCAUUUUUGUAAAUGCUGCUCAGCAUUUUGCCAUCUGAAAUUCUCCGGCACUAAUUGUGGUGAUGGAGAAAGAAUUCAGAUGUUUUACUUAUCUGUUAAAAAUGUGUUACAAGUACAAAUUGUGAAAUGUACGUAUUAUAUUCUAGCAGUACAAUAAAAGUUCUCACUAUGAAAGCAAAAUUGGCUCUUGC